AUGACGGACGGUCCAAGACAACGGAGCAGCACUGCGGGCUCUUCCAAGGAUGGUGCCAGUGAGAAGCCAACAGGAGGGGGAGUUGCGCUCAAGAAGGAAAUCGGGCUGGUGAGCGCCUGCGGUAUUAUCGUUGGUAACAUUAUUGGCUCAGGUAUUUUCGUCAGCCCAAAGGGCGUGAUGGAGAAUGCCAGCUCAGUGGGCGUGGCCCUGAUCGUCUGGAUCAUCACAGGCGUCAUCACCGCCGUUGGGGCGCUGUGCUACGCUGAGCUGGGCGUCACCAUUCCCAAGUCAGGAGGAGACUACUCCUACGUCAAGGACAUCUUCGGCGGGCUGGCAGGGUUCCUGCGGCUGUGGAUCGCUGUGCUGGUCAUUUACCCGACCAACCAGGCUGUGAUCGCGCUGACGUUCUCCAACUAUGUCCUGCAGCCUCUGUUCCCCACCUGCUUUCCACCAGAAAAUGGCCUGCGUCUGCUGGCUGCCGUCUGUCUCUUGCUGCUGACAUGGGUGAAUUGCUCCAGCGUGAGGUGGGCCACCAGAGUGCAGGACAUGUUCACUGCCGGCAAGCUGCUGGCGCUGGCGCUCAUCAUCAUCAUGGGCAUCGUGCAGAUCUGCAAGGGAGAGUACUACUGGUUGGAGCCUGCCAAUGCCUUUGAGCCCUUCCAGGACUAUGAUGUGGGUUUAAUAGCCUUAGCUUUCCUACAAGGCUCCUUCGCCUACGGCGGGUGGAACUUCCUCAACUAUGUCACAGAGGAGCUGGUGGAUCCUUAUGUGAACCUUCCUCGUGCCAUCUUUAUCUCCAUUCCUCUCGUGACCUUCGUUUACGUCUUUGCCAACAUCGCCUAUGUCACAGCCAUGAGUCCUCAGGAGCUGCUCGCCUCAAAUGCUGUUGCUGUGACAUUUGGUGAGAAGCUGCUUGGAGUCAUGGCGUGGAUCAUGCCCAUCUCUGUGGCUCUCUCCACCUUUGGGGGAGUCAACGGUUCCCUCUUCACGUCGUCAAGACUGUUCUUUGCUGGAGCCAGAGAGGGCCACCUCCCGCGUCUGCUGGCCAUGAUUCACGUAACACGCUGCACUCCCAUCCCUGCCCUGCUCUUCACUUGCCUGUCCACCCUGCUUAUGCUGUGCACCAGCGACAUGUACACGCUCAUCAACUACGUGGGCUUCAUCAACUACCUCUUCUACGGAGUUACUGUCGCCGGGCAGAUUGUUCUGCGUAUUAAACAGCCCGACAUGCACCGGCCAAUCAAGAUCAGCCUCAUAUGGCCAGUCAUUUACCUCAUCUUCUGGGCCUUCCUCCUCAUCUUCUCCCUCUACUCUGAGCCUGUGGUGUGCGGCAUCGGCCUCGCCAUCAUGCUCACCGGUGUCCCCGUCUAUUUCCUGGGAGUCUACUGGGACAACAAGCCACACUGCUUUGAUGCUGUUGUUAAUAAAAUGACAUACUUUGGCCAGAGGUUCUGUGUGGUUGUUUACCCGGAUGAAGGUGACAGCAGCAGCAGCGGCAGCGGCGAAGAAGGAGAGGAAAUGAAGGAGGCCAGGUCUCCUCUGUCAAAGGAGGACAGAGACAACCACAAGUCAGCAGACUGCUGAAGCUGCACCUCUUAAUCUCACCUCCUCCCCGAAUAAGCAAACGUAUGCAGACACGCACAUGGAUGUGGGUGUAGGCAUACACACGCACACACACACACACACACACACACACACACACACACACACACACACUCACACAUACACAGACACACAUAUACACAGACACACCACAGUAGGUAGUGGGUUGACUGAUCUUUACACGUGCCCCCACACCUUUGUCUUUGGUUUUUUAUUUCAUACCAAAUGAAGUAGUUUGACCUCUAACUUUCCUGUCUGGGGUCCAUCAAAAGUGCAAUAAACAACGGUUAGCACCUUCCAUUUACCAUCACACCCUGCUGCUCUCGAUCCUCCCUGUCCCUUUCCAUUCACGUUCUGGAUACUCGCGCUGUAAGAGCGGCAUUUUCUUUUUUAAAAUAUAUUUUUUCAUGAAUGUCAUAAGACUGUACUGUGAUGGCUUCUCAAUACUUUUUUUUGCUUUUUCUUUUUUUUUUAGCCACGUUCUUAAUUUUGCUCUGUCAUACAUUCGGCACACCAAAGCUGCGUUUUGAUUGUGAAAAUCAGAUUCAGAUCAAGUCAUUUCAUGUUGUGAUGUAUACUAAUACUGUGUUUUUGUUUUUAACAUUAAUUCUCAAACAUUUCAUUUUUUUUUUUUUUGUAAUUGUGAUAAUUGCUUAAUUUUUCUUUUUAGUAUUAAUAUGUUAAUUUUUGUUUUUUCUAACAACGUAUUCCUGUCAGCUCAUUUUGUACUCUUUGAAGUGUGAAUGUGGGACUCUUGUAUUGUAUUGGUGGUGCACACUUUUUGUUAAUUGCCUUAAUUAGAAUAUGCUCUGUGCUUGUGCGCCACUCCAGCUGCAUUUUGAUGGAUGUGGGGGAUUUUUUAUUUUUUUUUAUUUUAUCAAAACACAACAAACAAACAAAAAAACGACACUACACAAAUCAACGGUUAAAAACUCAGCGCAGCACGGGUUAGAAAGACUGAGUAGGUGAGCCGUGCUGGUUUUCUCCACAUUCGCUUGGUUGACGUGCACAUUUGAAUGCCUGUGUUGAGUGUUUUUGAAGUAAUCUUUCAUGUCUUAUGAUGGAAAUAUUUUUGUAGCUUUACAUUUAAGCUUUGGUUAAAUCAUUAAUUUUAUGCUUUAUGUAAAGCAUAAACAGAACAGCUUUACAUUUUAAAACAAAGAUAUUUUUGAUUCAUAUAAUUAACUAGAAGACAUUUUAGUGCAAUAUUACAACAGACACCAGCAAAAUCUGAACAUGCACCCCUGAUUGAACUCAUCACAUGCUGUCUGGUUUUGCGUCUAUACUUUUGCUGUACACUCUAGUAGCAACACUCCCGCACACAUAAACGCACACUCCUGUAUCCGCAGCCUUUCUAGAUUGUUGUUAGUGUCUCAGGGCACCCCCACUGCCUUCUCCUUUCAUACAGUACACUUCCUAAAACCAACAGAUCUGGCUGAUUGCUUGUUUGAAAACCGGUUUGUUAGCGGUGAAUGUCUGUACAGGUGCUUUAGAUAUUUAUUCCUCAGGAGGUUCAAUCACACUAGAGGACGAUAAGUGUUCGAUAAUAAGAACGAUUGAUCAGUAUUGUAUAGAUUUAUCUUAAACUGUAAGGAGAACCGAGUUUCUUGGAUGUCUUAACAAGUACAAUGAUGUGUUUUGUGCCUGUGCCGUUAUUGUGCAUUUACACCAGUGUCAUGACAUUCUGUACAUUGUUUCUCAGUAAAUAAAAAUAACCACUGACCGUUUGAA